GCUGAACGUGGCAAGAGGCACAGCCCCGGGUAGAAACUAUAUAAACCCCUCCUCCCCCCAACAAACCACAAUGCCAUUCCUCUCUUCUUCAUCCCUCUAUCUCUCCCGAGGACUCCACUGUAAGCCGUGCAGUGCUCGAUACCGAAUCCACCGUUUAAGCCACCAGAUCCACCGCGUCCCCACUGUUCAGCUGAUCGUCGCCAGAUCUCAGCUCUCAUAUUGUCCGCAUCCGACGCCACAACAUUAUCACACAUUUGCACCACAUCGAAAGGAAAUGUCGUCCGGUGCUCUUCCUCAGACUCUUCGCUCCAUCACGGCCACCAAAAUCGGUGAGCUUUCCAAGCAGCGUGCUCUUUUCGACCAACGGAAAACCGAGAUCGCCAAUGCUGCUGCUGCCGCCCCGAACCUGCGAGCCAAGGCCCAGGUUUUGCUGGAAGGCGUUACCAAGCUCAAGGGACACCCGAAUGAUGCGUUUGACAGAGAGCAGCUAGACGCUACGGAAACAGAUCUCUCCACUCUGAUGAUUGAUGAUGGUUCGGAGCGGGCUGCCCAUAUCAAUAUCCGCCGGUUUCUCUUACAGGGACAAUAUGACCCAUCUGUUUCCGACUGGGCGCUACAGGAUUGGAUCUCGGAGUUGGAGCAGGAGAUCCAACAUUUGGUUCUGAAGCAUCAACACGCUUCGUUCUACAGUGGCUUGGUUACGGAGUGGUUGGCGAAUCUGGAUGAGACUACUUCGGAGGAGCCUGAGGCUGGCAAUUCUGGCCGGUCGGAAAUGCAUGAGCAGCGCGCGACGUGGGAGGGCUAUGUUUUCAACAAGACGAAUGUCGACGCGGACCGCAUCCACAGUUAUCUGGACGACCUGUUCACCAAGACUCCUCUUACACAGCAAGCGCUCAAAAAGUUGCGAGAGAGCGUUAGUCGCUUUGGGGGGGACCUUUCUGGACGGAAGAAAUGGUUCACUGCGGAUGUGCUCAAGACGGUUACUGAGGCGCUGUUGAAAUCGGAUCUUCUCACCAAGGAUAAGACGAUCAUUUUGAAGGAGUUCAUGCGUAAUCCGGCAGUCACUCAGGAGGUCGUCGACGUGCUCAACAUGCGUCUUGCGGCUCUGGACAGCUGGGAUUGGCCCGCUGGCGAGGCCAUCCCCUUGGAAAUGCGUCGACAGCUCAACGGCAAGUACCGUGUGUACAUGGAUGAAGACCUGCUCGACAGUAUCAUGUUCCAAUUCCUUGGGCUUGAGUGGUCUGUGAAGUUCCGGGAAGUGUUCAGUACGUUCCGCGACAGUCAGGCUUGGUAUACAUUGCGUGAGCAUAUCUCCGAGCGCGAGAAGAACCGUCGCCGAUAUUAUUCCAUAGAUCAAACGAAAGUCUACACCACCAAAAGUGUCAACGACCAUCGACAAAAAACAUACAAAGAUCAGUACUUCAUGACUCAACUGCCCACUCCAAUGGAAUCGGGUGUUCCAGAUUACGACGGUGAAGAGAGCGUUGAUUCAGCUUGGGGGGAAACGCAAAAGGAAAAGCAAAAGAAUCCCCUAGAGACCAAGCACUCUCUACUUCACCUUCUGGUAACCGAAUCGAUUAUCCAAUCUACCCUCCAUGGCCAGUUCACAGCCAUCCGCUCCGACUUCAAGUACUUUGGUCCGUCGCUGCCCCACGAGACGAUCCUGACUGUCCUAUCUUACUUCGGGGUUCCCGACAACUGGAUUCGCUUCUUCAAGAUCUUCCUCGAGAUGCCUAUGAAGUUUGUCCAAGAUGGAUCGAACGCCACGACCCGAGCCCGACAGCGCGGCGUCCCCAUGAGCCAUGCACUCUCGGAUUGCUUCGGGGAGGUUGUCUUGUUCUGCAUGGAUUAUACCGUGAACCGGCACACAGAUGGGGCUUUCCUCUACCGUCUACAUGAUGACUUUUGGUUCUGGGGAAAUGAGGCUACCUGCGUCAAAGCUUGGAAGGCGAUGUCAGACUUUGCUAGAACGGUGGGCCUGGAAUUCAACGAGGAGAAGACGGGCACGGUGCAGAUCACGAACGACAAUGAUCAGGCACCGCCAGGGGCUUUUAGCAAAGAGCAGAAGGCUGCUGAUGCUGAUACAGUUCUGCCGGCCGGCGACAUUCGCUGGGGCUUCCUCAAACUCGAUGCGCAACAAGGCCGUUUCAUUAUCGACCAGGAGCAAGUGGACAACCAUAUCGCAGAGUUGAAGCACCAGCUCUCGUCGUGCAAGAGCAUCUUUGCCUGGGCACAGGCGUGGAACAGCUACUUUGCGCGCUUCUUCCCCAACAACUUUGCCAAACCCGCCGUGUGUUUCGGGCGAGACCAUAUCGACAUGGCUAUCUCGACCCUCGGCCGCAUCGAGCGCACAGUCGUCGAAUCCUUCACAGGUUCGCCUAGCGGCGUGACGGAUUAUCUUCGCAAAGUGAUCGCAGACCGGUUCGGCAUUCACGAACUCCCGGAGGGAUUCUUCUACUUCCCGGUUGAACUCGGUGGCUUGGAACUCGCCAAUCCGUACAUUCCCCUUCUAGCCAUGCGCGAGGAUAUCAAGCAAACGCCGCAGGGCCGCCUCCAACGAGUCUUCAUCGAAGAUGAAGCGAAAUACAACGCGGCUAAGAAGAGAUUCGAGGAAUCCGGCCCUAAUACCUCUGUUGUGGGCAGUAUCUACGAUGACAGUGACGACGAGGAAAGACCAUCAUCGUCGACAAAUUUCCCCACUCUGGAUGAAUACAGACGUCACCCCGAAACCUACAGCGCUCCUCUCCUCAAUGCAUAUGAAGACCUCACUCGCAUCCCCGAGGAAGCUAGCAUCAAACAAUCCCCCAACUUCCGAGGCACGCAGUCUUCCCUGCAGCAGAAACUCGUGGACGAUGACAACGUGAAGAUCUCUGGAGAGUGGGAUGACAUGUCGGCGUACUGGCGCUGGACGGCAGAGUUGUAUCACCGUGAGAUGGUCGCGAGAUAUGGUGGACUGGCGGCAGUGAACCGGGAAUUCAUGCCGUUGGGUGUUGUCAAGACGUUGAAGGAGGGACGCAUGAGGUGGGAGAAUUAGAUUAAGAGCUACGGUUUUACUCCGUAAGGGAGCUUUGUGUUACUAGUUAUGACAAAAAAAA